AUGCUUUUCCACACGUUCUCUGCCUCAGAGAUGAACAAACAUCGGUGGUAUUGGUCUAGCACACCGUGCAAUCGUAAGGAGCUUCAGAAGCAGUUGAAUGAGGAGAAGAACAAGAAUCGAACUCUGGAGGAUCAGUACAAGCACCGAGUGGCAUCUUUUGUCAAGCGUGAGAAGGCGACUAUGAACAAGAUAGAAGCGCUCGAGAAACGGCUGCUCGAGGGUGCGGAGAAUGACGAGCACAGCAAGCGCAUGGAAGCCAUUGGCAACAUGCAUAGAAGCGUGAUCACCGGGCUGGAGUGCAUCCAAACCAAUACGGCAAAGAUCCUCCAGGACCAGGAGAAGGACUUGAUGCGCGCCUUCAGAGCAAGGCUGCAGGAGGUCUCCAAGGAUUUGGAGGCGCAGCGCAGCAGAAAAGGCGAGCACUCCACCGAGCAGCAGGCGCACCAUCGAAGGGUGGUUGCCGAGUUGCACAAAACGCAGGAGUUAGCUCAGACCUUCGACAAGAAGAACCAGCAGCUUACAGCGGAAAAUGCGAAGCUGCAGGAAAAGCUGAGGACGCGUGAGGACGACCGCAAAGCGCUGCUACGUGAACUCGUCCUUUCCAGGAAGGAAGUCCAAGCGCUGAAGUCGCAGCAGACUUCUGGUGCGAAGCCUGCCGAAGUGCCUGAAGCCAAGGAGGCAGAGCCCAAGCCCAACAGGCGGAGUUUCUCUCAAAAGCAGAUAGAUCAAGCGAGGCUUCAGCAAACGCAUAACAAGCAGUACGAAAGGGAGGUAGCUUUGCGGGAGGCAGCUUUAAAGCUGAAGCGAAUGGUGGAUGCUGAGCGGCGAACUGUCGUGGCGCUGAAGCAGCAACAGGCUGACAUGUUGCAGCAAAGAACGGAGCUGGAGGUCCUGCUCCGACAAAGCUUGGAUGAUGUGAAGGCAGAAAUCCUGCGGACGCAGAUGCAGGAGGAGGGGAAGGACGCGACCGUCCCGGGAGGUUCUAGCCCACCUCUGGCAUCAGUGUCUGUUCACGAGCUGAGUGCCCAAGACCGCGAGCGGGUCCUGGAGCUCCUCCUCUCGCAGCAGCGGGUCGUGCAGCUGCUUUAUCAGAAGACUUUUCCUCAGGAGCCUGCCAAUCCUCCAGCCUCUGCUCCUUCUCAGAGUGCCGCAGCGGGUGAUGAGUUUGCAUGGCUGGGUGACAUCAUCCCAUCCGACGAGGGCGAAGUCGGCCCUUAG